CAGCGCCAAUGUAGAGUCCUUUUGAGUCUUUGUUAUUAGUGCAAAAUAUGAAUUAUAGGUUACAUUUGAUAUUAUAUUAAAUGUGCACACCUUCGUCGACAAGAGCUUUGGAUAAGUCCGACGUGCGUGUUUAUACAGCGCGUGCUAAUGGUGGAGUUCACCGGAAGUGCUUAUUCGCGCACGAAAAGUAAUCAUUAUUCAUUUUUUUUCUUUCUACACUUCACGGUCAGUCAACACAAUGCCAGGCUUUGAGUUGGAGCAGGUGGACGGUGGCAGUCCUAUAAACAUUCCCGAUGGAGACACUGUUUUGGGGAGAGGACCAUUUCUGGGGGUGAAUGAUAAGAGGGUGUCCAGGAACCACUGCAUCCUGGAGAACAAAAACGGCCAACUGCGUCUGAAGCCCACACACCUGAACCCGUGCUUUAUUCAGACGAACAUUGUGGCCAGCCCUCAGCCGCUGGAGAAGGACCAGUGGCACUGGCUAAAGGAAGGGGACAUCUUCUCUCUCAUGCCCUGGAAAUACGUUUACAGAGUACGCCUGAAAGAAGAGGAUCAAACCCUCAGAAACAGUCAGGCGUUUGAUGAGGCGAUGGAGGUGAAGAAGUGUUCGACUGGACCGGCAGAGCUCUCUGUAGACGCCGCCACCACGAGCCCGAGCUGCACACUCUCAGGAGAUAAAAGCGCUUCGUCACACACUCUUUGCUCUUUACCCGAGGUGCACACAAAGACCCAACACGACGAGUCUGAUCGGCCACAGAAGAAGCGUAUCUUGCCAGCCUGGAUGAUGACGUCAGCAUCCACAAGCCCAUCGACUUCCAAAGCAGUGAGAGGGACUCCUACCAAAGCCAAACGAGUAGCUGCACCGAAGCCGGGAACCGGACCCAGCCGAGCUCGAGCCGCACAGCUGUCAUCCGAGGAAGAGGAGCCGGAGGAAGAGAAGCCCAAAAGAAAAACAAAGAGACUGAAGAGUGACUCUGAAGAUGAGUCGGUUCCUCUGGUAUCUCUGGAUGAUGUCGCAGCUCCCAGGACCAGUAGAGUCAGGACAGUCCCAGACGGAGAGAACAGCACCGGUUUGAUGGAGCGUGAUGAUGGAGAGAUGAAAGGAGAUGAGGUCGGACGAGGAGCUCAAGCUGAAGAUGAUUCUCAGGCCAGCCAGGGACCCUCGCAGAGGUCAAAGAUCACAGAGGCUGAGAGCAAAACAAGUGUUAGUAAGGUGAAGAAACAGCGGCGGACGCGGUGUGCUUACGGCAGCUCCUGCUACAGGAAAAAUCAACUCCACUUUCAGGAGUGCAGUCACCCCGGAGACAGUGACUAUGAGGAGGAGGAAGAAGAGGACGCUGAUGAUGACAGGCCGGAGUGUCCGUACGGUACCCACUGCUACAGGAAGAACCCACUUCACAAGAAAGAGUACAAACACACUAAAUCACCACCUAAGACCGUUGCUGCUGCUGAUGAUGAUGAUGAAGAUCGCUACGAAAACAGUUUUAUUAAUGACGAGAGUGAGGAGGAAGAGGUGGAUGAAGACUCGGACUAUGUGCCCGAAUCGGACGACAGUGGAAAAGGGGAGGACUUUAAACGGCUGCAGAAAGAGGCAAAAGCCUUCCUCAGGAGGAAGAAGUGACUCGUUUGGGGUAGAUUACAUGAAAACCGCUUCUUCACACUAAUCUCACAAAGACUGAGGAACAUCUGACACUAGGUUUGACAGAAUCCCCGUCCAUGGAGGCAUUUUAUUUAGUUUACACGUUCACAUUUUAAAGAAUGGAUCACCAGGAAAAGAAUGUUUUCCUUUUUUUUUUGAGACUUUCAUAGUAAAUGAUGACGCAUUUCUUUAAUUCAAUUAUUAUUAUUUCUUUAAUUCUAACUGGAUCUUACCUUCUUUUUUGUUUUGUUUUUUUACGUUUCUCUUAUCCCGUCCUGUGAGUGUUUUUUGCUGCUCGGUUUGACAGAAUCCCUGUCCAUUUAGGCAUUUUAUUCAGUUUUAUUAUAUUACAUUUAUCACCCUUUUGCUUUCACAUUUUAAGAAAUAAUUUUAAAUUAAGUAUGGGCUGUUGCUUAUUAAAUUAUGAGCUUGGCAUUACGUGAUCACCAUCUCUUUUUCUUGUAAAUUACACUAUUUUUGGGUGAACGAUCCCUUUAACUCUCACUGAAUCUUAUUUUCUUUGCAAUUUGAUGUUUGUUUGUUUUAAUAGCCAGCUAUUUUUUUUUUCGUAUCCCGGCCUGUUUUAUCCUUUUUGAGUGUUUGUAUAGAUGCUGCUACUUUGUAAGUCUCUUUUUUCGUUCGUUGUAUGAAUUCAGUUAAUUAUAGUUGUAUAUACUUUUA